ACCGCUAGGACGCCGGUACACAAUCGUCUCUCAGUCCCUCUCGCCUGCAGGCCAAGAAAAAUGGCGCCGGUGAAGGUGUUCGGGCCGGCCAAGUCGAGGAACGUGGCCCGGGUGCUGGUGUGCCUGGAGGAGGUUGGCGCUGAGUACGAGGUCGUCGACAUGGAUUUGAAGGCCCUGGAGCACAAGAGCCCUGAGCAUCUCACCAGAAACCCGUUCGGGCAAACCCCUGCUUUCCAGGAUGGGGAUCUGAUUCUCUUCGGUAUGAUCAAUUUGCUUUUGUCCUUGUCAAAAUAAAUGUGACUUGGUGCAGAGGCCAGCUCUGUUUCGCGGCAUCUUAAAGGGCUAUUUUUUUUUAAAUAAUACAUUUUUUUAUUAAAUUGCGCAAAUAUUACGCUAAAAAAUUAUUUUUCAAAAAUAAUACACCUCGGCCCGCAGCGGGCCGACUGGGCCUAGUCAGCCCGCAGCGAGCUGAGUGGGAGCAGUCGGCCAGUAGCCGGCCGACAGCUGGCCUGCCUGGCACGUGUCGGCCUCGGAUUGGGCUGACCACGUCGCGAGGGGGAGAGAGGGAGCUGUCGGCGCGGGCGCGCCCCUGUCAGCCUGCCGCGGGCCGAUCGGCCUGCUGCUGGCCGACAGGGUGCGGCCCCACCUCGCGCGCGCUGGCCCGGCUCCCUGCGGCCUUAUCCUCUCAGCUCCACGCCGAAGCUGCUGCUCUUCUUCUGUUCUUCUUCUUUCUUACUUUCUCCUCUCUGUGUAAAGAAAUAGCACCAAUUUCUACACCUAAAUAAGCCAGUUUUUUGCGGUUUUGGCACCGUGAAUGGAUUCAACUUAGUUAGGGCAGCCAAAAGAGGUGUCGAUCUACUGAUGGGGUAGCUCGUGGUGGUUGUGGUGAGCAUUUUGGUGGAGGUGGUGGUGGUAAAGUUGGGGCGGUGUGGUGGUGGUGAAGUUGGGGCAGUGUGGUGGAGGUGAAGCUCGUCGUUCGUCGUUCGUCGUUGGAGGCGGAGCACGGGCAGUUUGUUGGCCGCCGUUCGUCGUUCUUCGUUCGCAUGCACGCUUCAAGGGUGAGCGGGGAUGUCUGAUGUAGUGAAGGUCAGAUUUUACUACGGUCCUGGUACUGUCCAAACAACUGAGAUGGGAGCAGAUCUGAGUGAAUUUACUCACAUAGAGGUGCCAAUGAGCGCACCUCAAACAUGGUCAGUCAGUCAGGUGAAAGAAUGGAUUGCAGCAAGUUUAGGUCUUGAUACUGAAACACACACCAUCGGUGUUCAUGCAUUAUGGACACGGUCAAGUACAAUAAUUUACUUUUAUUUGAGGCCGAUAGAGCAAGACUCCGAUUGGGUGCGGUGGUUAUAAGGUUGUGAACGAAGGGGAUGCAAUCCUAUUGCUUUAGUGCUUCCCGUCGUGAAGGAGGUCACUGCACAUGAAGGCGAGGGUGGCUACGAUCCUGGUCAUAGCAGUGUAGGGAGGCAGUUAUUUAUGUCAAAUGCUGGAGAUGAUGGUUACGAACAAGGACAGAGCCGUCAGGUAGAAGGAGGAAAUGCUUAUGGUUAUGAACCAGGGCAGAGUAGUCAGGUAGAAGGAGGAAAUGCCGAUGGUGAUUACAAUGGUGAGGUGGACGCUGACGAGGUAGAUGGGCACAUGCAGGACUAGAUGGAAGAAGAAGACACCGAUGUUGAAAGGGGUCAUGCCCAUGAUUCUGACGAGUCAGAUGAAGAAGAAAAUGCAGAGGAGGUCCCGAAUCCUGCAUGGUGGAAUCAUGACUUCUCAUCUGCAAUGACCGUGAAUGAUGGACAUGAUUCAGCUUGGCAAUAUCACCAGAACAAUAUUGCAACGGGUGCUAUGUAUCCAAACAAGCAAGCCCUGAAGGAUGCAAUAAUUAAUUGGGCAAUGUCCACGCAAAGGGUUUUCACAGCUCAGGUGUCCAGUCAGAAAUUCCUGACAAUGGUAUGCAAGAACGCAGAUUGUCCCGCCAGGGUGCACGGCUUUCUCCCUAAGUAUGGCACAAGUUGGGUGAUAAGUGACUUAGUUAAUCACACUUGUCUUAUUCCCUGCAUCCCUCAAGAUCAUGUAUUAACCAGUUUUUCAAUGUUGCAUUAUCUUUCAUAGUACUCCAUUCGAAGCUUUAGGUAAUUGUUGAACACACACCACAAUUUUAGGACGACAAGGAAGGGCAUGAACAGGACAACUGCUGACUGGCUAGUUAGACUAGAGCCGUAUGUUAUAGAAUGGGAGACAGCAAACACAAAUCUAUGGCACGAGAAUCACAAUUUUGAUCUCAAUGAAUUCAAUCUCUAUUUGCGGCGCUACAUGACCGGAACACGGUUACGCAUUGUUGAGCACUCCCACCCAGAGGAGAUACCGGAUCCUACUCCGUGGGAUAUGUACCCGAGCUAUGACACUUCGGGCUCUAGGCAGUACGCGGCUUCCUUGACACACGAUAUCUACAACGACAUGACCACCUUUGGACGAUCACUGUCGUCUGGACCUCUUCUUCAGCACCGUCCACUGCUACAACCCUUCUUGGAACGAAUUCAAAACAAGAUACGGAUUGUGUACGAGGCUAUCACGUGCACCCGGAGAACCGACGUUGUUCAGCACCAGCAGCAGCAGCCGCGUCACUCCACGCACCGACAUCAACCACGUCCACGUCUAGCACUUCAACCGACAACCAGGCCACCCCGUCCUGAUCAACCUGGCAGUUCAACGUGGCAGCAACCACAGCACUAUGGUCCCACGUCGAGCUUCAUGUUUUCUCCACAGCCACAGCAACACGGUCCAUCAUCGAGCUUCGUGUUUUCUCCACAGCCACAGCAGCACGGUCCCUCGUCUAGCUUCGUGUUUGAGCCAGAGCAGCCGUCACAGCCAGCAGGAGCCUACGGAUAUCAGGCGUCUAUGUCGGCAUCACAUGAUACGUGGGGGAGUGAUCAACAUCCCGAGGAGAACAUACAGGCUCAGAUGUCGCAGCACACCCAGUGGAUGAACAUGUUUUCGACUCCUCCACCAGGCCCCACACAGGAUGCACAGCAUGACCAGGUAGAGUCUGAGAUUCCUCCUAGUCACAUUAGGCCACCCGACAGGUGGGGAUGGUCGCCGCUUCCAGAUCCGCAUCCCCGCCAGGCCAGACGUCGUCACUGACGCUUCUAUCUAUCAGUAGAGACAUUACCAUCUAUUUAUGUGUGAGACUUAUGUCUAUUCUAUGUAUGAGACAAAUGACUAUGUACUUAUGUAUGAGACAUAUGCCUACUCUAUUUUA